AUGUCUGAGACCAUCAGCCCUACCACAGCAGCAGAGCCCGAGGGCACGGCAGCUCUUCCAAACUCACCUGCGACCAUGGACGAUGUACUCUCUCCGCUCGACCCUGCCGAAAUCUUGAGCAAAAGGAAGUUCAGCGAGGACAUUGAAGACGCCGGCCACGAUGAGGCCAACUCUAGUGCCGAAAUGCUUCUCUCUGAAGACGACGAAGACGUGAAGCAAGAUCGUGACAGUACAUCUGACGAACCGGAACCCCCCGCCGAAGAGGUGGAGUGUCUCGAUUCCUCCGAUAACUCAAGCGAUUCCGACGAUUCCAGCGAUGGUGGCGAUGACGUGGAGGUCAAUUACGACGCCACCUGCAACGAACGCAUGGAGAAGUUGCCAGACUUCCCAGCUUACGACCAAGAAAUCCCACGGAUCAGAGAGCGACUCACAGGCAUAGUCCGGGACGUCUGCAAGAUCGUAGAGCAGCACCCUUGCGGAAGCAGCCACAUGGCCAAUUUCAGCGAGAAGGGCAAGGGUCUGUUCAAGAUCCCAGAACCUGCAGUCAUCAAGAUAGCCCUCGUGGGAAAUCCAGGAGUUGGAAAGUCGUCGCUUCUCAAUUAUCUUAUUGACAUUCCAGACCUGGCUAGAGCACUUGCCGCAGGAGAAAGCUGUACCAGUGUUGUCACCGAGUACUCUGGGCCCCUUCCCGGCCAGGAGAAGAAGUUUGCGGCAGAUGUAGAAUACCUUGACCUGGACACGGUCAAGAAAUUACUCAAAGAACAUUUCGACGCCUUUGUACUGCAUACCUACAAGUUCGACAAAAGCACAGCCCUAGCGACGUUUCGGAGUCUGUUCUGCCAGCGCAAGGAGUUUGCGUCCGAGGAGGCUGCACGGAAAUUCCUCUAUUCCAACCACACUUUCGGCAACAAAGCCGUUGAUAUCUUACACACCUGGUGCGCAGCAUGCUACACUGACGUAUUCAGUGGGAACGACGACUUGACUCUGAGUCUCGUGGCGGAGACCAAAGCUGAGUACCGAGCCCUCAUCGAUCCACUGAUCGACUCUACCUCCAAAGGGGGAUGA